AUGUCGUCUACGGAGGUCACAACCGACACGAUGGCAACCAUCGCUGGUAAUGAGCCUUUCAACCACAUUGACACAAGCGAGUGUACGGAAAAGACUCCCGAUCAAAGCAUCUCGCCGACCACCAGCGAAAGUGAGAAUAGGCCAAUCCCCGAUGAGAACUCUGCAUCAUGCGAAGUCAACAAUCACAAAACCCCCAAGAAACCAUGGGUUGGUUAUCGGGUUGAGUACCGUAACCGGUGGACGAGCGAUUUGAUUGCGGAAAGAGUUCAUGAGAAGGAUAGCAAACCCAUCAUCGACGAAGUGGACGGACCAAUAUUCGAGGUUGUGACUACGUACAAAGUAGUAUCUCAAUCGAUGGAUGCCAAUAAUUCCCUGGCCGUCAAUUCCCAAUCGCUCCCAACUUACAACAUUCGGAUACAUUCAACAAGCCUCAUCAACGCCAUUCAGUCAGUGGUUCGAUACUAUCCCAGUCAAGAAUUAUCUGGUGAAUACAUCACCAUCCCGAAGCCGUAUCCAGUGCUGGUUCAUUACUAUGAUGAACUGCAGCAGUUCCGCAAGGAAUGUCUGGCAAAGUCGGAUGAAGAACUCUGUGUGCGAGAGAAAGACGCCGCAGAGCACCUGAAGAUUCUUCUCGAGUUCUUGGACAAUGAGGUAAUGGAGGAUGUUAGAGAGGAGAAAGAAAGAAAUAAAAGAGGGUUCUCUACGUUUGAUUGGAGAUGGGUGGCAUAUAAACCUGGAGUGACAGUAGUGGAGAGGCAGAUACAUGGAGACUGGGAAGCUUCUGUGGUCCACUCCGUGACAGGAGGCGUGUUGGAAAAUCCGCCAAAACAGUGGUGUGUUCAGAGCUGGCGCCUAGACUGGGAUGGUACCUAUAUCGAACGAGUCUGGGCUGGUGAGGUGACAUGGCCGAAGUUUGAUGGCGAGAGACCGGAGACGACAGUUGCCAAUGAGACAAGGUUUACUGACCCAACAGUUGACGACAGCUAUCUACACGAUGAAGUUACGAAAGGACUAAUAGAGAACGGGAAAAGGUUUGUUCAGGUUCUCAAUCCAGCUUGCUACCAUCAUAGAGGAAAGACUGCAAGCUUCCCAUACAAUGAGGUUGAGGGACUGGCAAUGGUAGAUAUGAAGAGCUAUCAUGCCUAUUGUCCAGGUGAUGUCCCUUCGACAAUAGGAGAAGAAGAUAUACGGAAUUGGACGAGUGAGUGCACUUGCGACGUGUGUCAACGAAAGCACAACGGCAAUCACUCCAAAGCCAAGGCGCCGCUGUUCAUCGAUGUCGGAGGCGUGAGCAAAGAUGGUAGAAUAAGUAACCAUGAAUACCUCUUAUUCCCCUCAAAGGUGGUUGCAUACGUUUUUCGUACUCGAAGCUGGGAGGAUGUCCACCUUCGGAAUCUUUUCGAACCCCAGUUCGAUGAGAACAUGAUCAGUCACCUUGUAAUGAGCGAGCAGCGAUUAAAGACCUUGAAGGCUCUCUCCAAAAGCUUCGCUAGAGUGACGCAACAUGGGGAAGAACUGAAAAAUAGCCGAUGGAGUGCCGACUUUGUGCGUGGAAAAGGCAAUGGACUGAUAUUUCUUCUGCACGGAAAACCUGGUGUGGGAAAGACGUGCACUGCCGAAUGCAUAGCCGAGUUCACACGUCGUCCGUUAAUGAUUUUGACAAGCAGCGACAUUGGAACUGAGCCUAGAGAAGUGGAGGAUAAUCUUACUGCCAAUUUCAAACGGGCAAUGAAAUGGGGUGCUGUCUUAUUGAUUGACGAGGCCGAUGUGUUCAUGGAACGUAGAACGACGUCUGAUCUAACCCGUAACAGCUUGGUAGCAGGAUUCCUAAGAGCCCUCGAAUUCUAUGACGGGAUUCUCUUCCUCACGACCAACAGAGUGGGAUCAUUUGAUGAUGCUUUUAUCUCCCGCAUCCACAUUCAGCUGUACUACCCUGAUUUCACCGACGAUGAGCGACAGCGAGUGUGGAAGACGUUCAUCGACAAGCUGGCAAAGGACAGAGGGGACACCAUGCGUCUUACAAUUGACGCCAAAGAGUACAUUCAGUCGACGAGAAAACAUGGCAUUAAAUGGAACGGCAGAGAGAUAAGAAACGCGUUUCAAACCGCUGUCGCGCUCGCAGAAUAUGAUGCUGACAAAGACAGUGAGGGCAGAAUUAUGGUAAAGGAUGACCAUUUGCGAGCCGUAGUCGAGUUGUCCAAAGAUUUCAAGGGUUAUUUAGACGAUCUGCACCAUAGGGACGAAGGGAAACGAGCGGAGCAUAGAUAUGAAAGAUUGGAUAGCUACGAAGGCAACAAGUAG